CGUCGGUUGACCAAUGAUCGACAUAAUGGCUACUGUAUAUUCUUCUUUAUUGAAAGCAGCGAUACACACGCUGCUAGUAACGAUAUUAAUUUGGAAAGAGACUCAAGCUCUCACGUAUACAAAAUUCCCUGAAGGAUUUCAAUUUGGAGUCGCUACGUCGGCUUAUCAAAUUGAAGGAGCCUGGAACAUUGAUGGUAAAGGUAUUAAUAUAUGGGAUGUGUUUACCCAUAACAAUGAAUGGUUAAUAAAGGAUCACAGUAAUGGUGACGUUGCAUGUGAUUCUUAUCAUAAAUAUAAAGAAGACGUUCAGUUACUCAGCAACAUGGGUGUUGACUUUUAUCGAUUCUCAAUUAGCUGGUCUCGUAUAUUGCCGAACGGUUUGGCAAACGUUGUAAACGAAGAUGGACUUAAUUAUUAUAGAAAUCUUAUUGAUGAACUACUGGCAAAGGGUAUUACACCAUACGUUACAAUAUUUCAUUGGGAUCUACCGGAAGAUUUAGAAAAAUUAGGUGGUUGGACUAACGAGAUAAUCAUUGAUUAUUUUGUUAACUAUUCAAGAAUUGUUUUCCAAGAGUUUGGGCAGAAAGUUAAACUUUUCUUUACCAUUAAUGAACCAGCGGUAAUCUGUAUAAAAGGUUACGGUUCAUACAUAUUUCCUCCUGGGGCAAAUUCAACUGGAAUCGGAUCUUAUUUGUGCAUGCAUAAUAUACUAAAAGCGCAUGCCAAGGUAUAUCAUAUGUACGACAAAGAAUUCAGACCUCAACAAAAAGGAUUAAUUUCUAUCGCCUUAUCGAGUUUAACGCUUUAUGCCAAGCAUAAAAAUGAUACAAUAGCCGAGGACAUAGGUUUUCAAUUUUUGUGUGGUUGGUCAGCUCAUCCAAUUUAUUCGAAAACCGGUGAUUAUCCAGAAAUCAUGAAAAAACGUAUUGGAGAGAAUAGUAGGGUUCAAGGAUAUUUGAAAUCAAGAUUGCCGACAUUCACACCGGAAUGGAUUAAUUAUAUACGCGGAACUUCAGACUUUUUUGCCUUAAAUCACUAUACAUCUAGUCUCGUUGAAAGUGUACCGAAGGGACCGGACGAUCUCUGGUACGAAGACAAAGGAUUUAAAUUAAGCUUCGAUCCAAAAUGGCCAUCUACUCCUUCGUCAUGGAUAAAGUUAGUUCCUGAAGGAUUUAGAAAGAUUAUUAACAUAAUAAAAAAUGAAUAUGACAAUCCACCGAUUCUUAUUACGGAAAAUGGUGUUUCUGACAACAACACUUUGAUGGAUUAUAUAAGAAUUGAAUAUAUUUCUAAAUAUCUUAAAUCUAUGUUACAAGCUAUAUAUGAAGAUGGUUGUAAUGUCUUUGGUUACACAAUUUGGAGUUUAUUGGAUAAUUUUGAAUGGACUAAUGGCUACACUGAAAAAUUUGGUAUUGUACAAGUUGAUUUCUCGUCUCCGAAUAGAACGAGAACUCCCAAAAUGUCAAUGGAAUGUUGUAGCUGGCAGAUAAGAAAAAAGGGAAGGAAGAAAAGGGUUUAGAAAAUAACAGAUCGUGCUU